AUGUCUGGUCAAUCCCCGCAGCGAAACAGGAAAACACUUCUCGGAACCCAAGGUCCUGUGCAGAACAUCGCCCCACGCGAAUCGACUCCAUCACCAUCUUUCCGCGAAAGACAACGUACCGCCAAAGCCCACUUACUGCCCAUUGUGCCCACUGUCAGCCAGAUACUCGCCAACCAGAGCCAGUCGAUCCACCAGGGCCAGCAACCCAGUCCCACCGCCUCCAUCUCUUCCCAUCAAUCACGCCGAAGCCCUCCACCCACCACCCGCAUAUCACCUACUGCGUCUAAAAUGGCUGCUCCAACACUUCCACGCGACCGCAGCCCCGAGCGACUUAACUCUCCUCCUCCUCUCCAACACACCGUAAGCCAGCCCAUUCUUCCUCACAUGGUCCCGCUACCACCAGCUGCGCCCCAGCACUCCCAAAGCCAGUCAAGUGUCCUCUCUCGCGUGAUGACGGACCCUCACCACCCUCGUCCCGUCAACCGCGUUCCUCCUCCCAACUUCAUCUCCCAGUACCGCACCGUUGAUGACGAGUGGCAGGUGACGGACGAGCUCAUGGCCGAGAUCGAGCGCGCCGACUACCAGGCAGCGCAGGGACAGCUCUCUCACCCGGCAGGGACUUCCGGUGUCGCAUACGCAGGUGGCGCGGCGUCGAGCGGAGCAGGGUUGCAACAUCAGCUCACGAUGAACACAGCAGCGAAAGAUCCUGCUGUGGAGCGUGUGCGCGCCACAGACAGGUCGAGCCCCAAAGACCAGGACAGCAGUGGCCCUCCGGCGGUGGCGAAACGUCAGACGAGAGAUCGUGCGCAGACGGUAUCCUCGCAGCUGCCAGUACACGACACCAACGGGGCCAACCGCACGCCCGAGUACCGCGGAUCGCCUCAGUACGCGACCCCCAUGUCGUCUCCCAACGAGCGCUCGGCGGGGUACACGCAAUAUGUACCCGAAGGAUACCAGGCAGGGAAUUCGCAAGGCCCUACCCCUCCUGCCCUGCGUAAGGCUUCUGGUCAAGUUGGAGUUGUCCCUAAUCAAGUUGCUGCUGAGCCGCGCUCGACGCCUCCCGCUGCGUCGAAGCUAGCAAGUCACACUCCACCUUUGCAAGCCAUGACACAGCGUCCGCCGGAUCGUUCACUGCCAGUGCAGGAAGAGCCCGAAGAGGACCACGAUCGUGAUGACCACGACAAUAGACAAUAUGACGAUACCCGUGGGACGCCUUCUCCUGCGUCCGACGUAUACCCAGACGGUUCGCGGUUCGAUGUGCUCCGAGAGCAUGCUGCGAAGACAGUUCAUACCACUACGGAUGACGACGAGGAGACGUUGAACGAGGAGGACGACGAUCACCACCAUCGGAGCAAGAGUGGCGAAGAGUCCGACGCAGGCUUCACUCCCCGCUCACCUUCAACGACUCUGCCGGAGCGCCCUCGCGAUGCUCCGUACGCCGCUGGUGGCGGGCAGUACAUGCCAUCCGGUGGACAGUAUGUGCAGCCCAGUACGGAAUAUCAGAAGACAGUUCGUGCGAAGCACCGUUCUGGAUCGACUGACCAGCUCGGCAUGAGGACCUUCGAUCCAGCGAUGUUCGAACACACUGUCAAUAGCCUCAGAAGCGAUGAUGCUCCUGUGAACGGACAACGCCAGCAGCAGUCCCCUCCUCAGCAACAGCAUUCCCCCCCUCAACCACCGCUUCCGCCUCAGGUGCAAUCUCAGUCUCUGCCGCCGCCUCAGACCCAAGCUCAGCAGCAGAUUCAACACCAGAUGGAGAGCCAAAUGCAGCAGAUGGAUAACUCCCGCCAUUACGGCUCGAAUCAUGUACAAGACCAACGAAUGACAUAUCCCGGGAUGCCGCAUCCUGGUGACAUGCAGGGGUUGAUUGACGAUUCUACAUCUGUCUACCUCAGAGCAUAUCUCCAGUCCCCGAGUUCUCGCCCCAAUGCGCCGAUACCCCCUACCCCGCAGUCACAGACAGCGGCACCAUCUCCCAUUAUCUCCGCCCAGAGCGAGCUCGAGCACCGUCAGAUUGGGUCGCCCUACCCAUACCCAUUCACGCACAUCCGGCGCACGACGGUCGCCGCGCCGACCCAGGCGCCCUCCUCGAGCUAUGACCUGAAUGACCCGGCGGUGAUCCGUGAGCAGCUCGCGCUGCAGAUGCAGAUCUACGCGCUCAACAAUGGCCUCGCAACGCCGACCGACUCCACGUUCUCGCCGUCGUCCACACCCUUCCCUGGGCCCGGUUACAACCCGUGGGCGUUCAUACCGACGAUGGCGGGCCACCCUAACAUGGGAGGCGGGUCGGCGAUGAGCAUCCGCUCGAGCCCGAGCCACGAGCCCGUGCACCUCCCACCGCCGCCUCUGGCGAUGCGUGGCCGUGGACUGCGGCGGCGCGAUCAGACGGUGAACUUGCGGCAGCAGGGUGGGCGUGACACGCGACGCGUGAAGCCCCCGCCGCGUGUGGAGAGCACGCAGCCCCGCGAGACGAGCCCUGAGCCGUCCUCGGGUGAGGAGACUGCGGGCGAGGAGCGUUUCGUGGACCAGUACGUCAGAGAGGGUGAGGAAGUGGACUGGGCGCAUGUCCGGGGUCAUGAGAAUGGGCAUGGGAACGGGAACGGGAAUGGAAAUGGGAACGAGAUCGAAAACGGGGAGGUCGCUGACAAUCCCGAUGACGAAGGCGACUGGGUGGACGAGGAUGAGGAUGGCGAAGAGGAGGAUCUGCUUGACUUGGAAUUCCAUCCUACCUUUGUCAGUAACCCGCAGAAGAGGCGGCGCAGGUGGGAGACCCGCUGGGACGCAGUCACGCAAUCGUUCCAGUCUCUAGACCGCGAGACGGACGCUACCUUGAUCCUCCUGGCCUCCCCUGCGCACUCCUCAAAGCUGUAUGCCCUCACCUCGCGAUCUAUCCGGCGUGACUCCGCACUGCUCAACUCUUCGAAACUGACGGCGAUACGCACGUCGUUCAACCACCUCGCCUCACAGCGGCGCGUCGCACGCUCACAGCGGAUCUCUCUCUUCGACCGGCUGCAUCUGUCUUCUCCAUCGAUCCGCGGAUCUCCUGGGAGCGGAGACUCGCGGGAGGACGACCUGCGGCGCGCACUGGAGGCCGCGCUUGGGAGCCUCGGAGAAAUGGGCAAAAUCUAUGAGCAGCGGGAGACGCGGUGGCGGGACGAGCUGCGCCAGCUCAGCGAGGACCGUGACAAGGUCGAGCUACUGCUGCACCAGGCCCUGGGCCCCUCUGGGCUGACGAAUGGCAACGGGCACACUGACGACACUAAUGACCGUAUGUUGUAA